AACAUGCAAUUUCUCUAAGACCGUGUUAUGAUGCAGGCACUAAUGGUGGUGGUUGCCCAUAUACUUCGGGAUACAGCUAUGGGGAAAAAUGUUACUCAUUCUAAGCUUAGUGGAUCAAGAAGGCUGCAGGAUGCCAUUGUCCUUGGGUAUCAGCUCCAGAGAGUUUCUGGGAAAGAUAUAGAUGUCCCUAGUUGGUAUGCACUUGCACAAGAUGAACUUAGCUUUCACACACCAUCGGCAGAUGAGACCAGUAUUCAGAGUACCUUGACCAGAGAGACUGAUGACAUCGAAAUCUUGCAUGGAGAUCAUCAUAUCUUUCAGAUACAAUAG